AUGCACGCUCAUACCUCAGCGAAGAAGCAAGAAGAACGCGUCGCUGUGUUGCAGAAAGAGGUCGAAGAGUUGCAAAAGACGCUCGGGGACGAUGUAGACCCAGAUAAGAUUGUGUCUAAGCAUAUCAAACUUCUGCACCGCUAUAAUGAAGCCAAGGACGCGACGCAGAUUCUGAUCGGAAAGCUGGCUGGUCAUAAGCAAACGACCAUACGACAGGUGCACGAAGACCUCGGCCUCGAAGAUGACGACUAG